CUCAUAUCAUUUGUCAUUUGUGUGGGUCCAUAUCUCUCUAUAUUGGGCCUCAAGUAGAUGGAGCAAAAUGGAGCCCAUUUAGAAUGGGCUUUAGAGAUUGAAGAAUGUGUUCUUCUCUUGGUCCGCCGGAAGGAAGGCAGUUUUUUCACGGUGGACGUCUGCCAUAUUUCCCGGCAAUGGUUUCUUCUGUCCCUAAACUCCAUGCUUUGUUUGUCUCCAAGUCUCUACCAGUAGUUAUCCGAGCCGCCAAAGUUACCAAUGAAGAAGGUUCUGGGUCGACCAAAUCAAAACUCGCCAGGUCCUUGGCGCGUGCCGUGAACUCUAACCCGUGGUCGGACGAACUCGAGUCUUCACUCUCAUCUCUUCAUCCGUCUGAACCCCUCUCCAGAACCACCGUUCUCCAAACCCUGCGUCUCAUCAAGGUUCCUGCCGAUGGUCUCCGGUUCUUCGACUGGGUUUCCAACAAGGGUUUCUCUCACAAAGAGCAGUCUUUCUUUCUCAUGUUAGAGUUCCUAGGUCGAGCUCGCAAUCUCAAUGCGGCUCGCAAUUUCUUGUUCUCCAUCGAGAAAAGGUCUAACGGCUGCGUCAAGCUCCAGGAUCGCUACUUCAACAGCUUGAUUAGGAGCUACGGCAACGCUGGGCUCUUCCAGGAGUCAGUGAAGCUGUUCCAGACCAUGAAGAAGAUGGGCAUCUCGCCUUCCGUGCUUACCUUCAACAGUCUUCUCUCGAUUUUGCUUAAGCGUGGCCGAACUGGAAUGGCCCAUGACAUGUUCGACGAAAUGCGCCGUACCUACGGGGUUACCCCAGAUUCGUAUACUUUCAAUACAUUGAUAAGUGGGUUUUGUAAGAACUCCAUGGUCGACCAAGCCUUUAGGAUUUUUAAGGAAAUGGAGCUGUAUAGUUGCAAUCCUGACGUUGUUACAUAUAACACGAUCAUCGAUGGGUUAUGCAGAGCCGGCAAGGUCAAGAUUGCACAUAAUGUUUUGAAUGGAAUGUUGAAGAAAGCAACGGCUGUGCAUCCCAACAUUGUUAGUUACACUACUCUGCUGCGAGGCUAUUGUAUGAAGCAGGAAAUUGAUGAAGCAUUGCUUGUGUUUCAUGAAAUGCUGACCAGAGGGCUGAAACCCAAUGCUGUAACUUACAAUACUCUGAUCAAGGGGCUCUCGGAGGCUCACAGAUAUGAUGAGAUCAAAGAAUUUUUGAAUGGAGGGGACGCAUUUACCACUUUCGCUCCAGAUGCCUGCACUUUUAAUAUUUUGAUCAAAGCCCACUGCGAUGCUGGACAUCUGGAUGCAGCGAUGAAGGUGUUCCAAGAAAUGCUGAAUAUGAAGUUGCAUCCUGAUUCAGCUUCUUAUAGUGUUUUGAUUCGUACUCUGUGCCUGAGAAAUGAAUUUGAUAGAGCCGAGACAUUGUUCAAUGAGUUAUUUGAGAAGGAAGUAUUGUUAGGUAAGGAUGAAUGCAAGCCUCUUGCUGCAGCUUAUAACCCAAUGUUCGAAUACUUAUGUGCCAAUGGGAAAGCAAAACAAGCGGAGAAAGUUUUUAGGCAGCUGAUGAAAAGAGGAGCGCAAGAUCCAUCCUCUUACAGGACUUUGAUCACGGGUCUCUGCAGAGAAGGUAAAUUCAAGGCUGCUUAUGAGCUGUUGGUUCUAAUGCUCAGGCGGGAAUUUGUUCCUGAUCUUGAAACCUACGAGUUAUUGAUUGAUGGGCUAUUGAAGAUAGGUGAAGCUCUUCUUGCUCACGAUACCCUACAAAGGAUGCUAAGGAGCUCUUAUCUUCCGGUUGCAACCACUUUCCAUACUGUACUUGCAGAACUUGUGAAAAGGAAAUUUGCCAACGACUCUUUCGGCUUGCUAACGCUGAUGUUGGAAAAACGAAUAAGACAGAACAUUGAUCUUUCAACGCAGGCUGUCAGAUUGCUCUUUAGUAGUGCACAGAAGGAGAAGGCAUUUCUGAUUGUUAGGUUGCUUUAUGAUAACGGGUAUUUGGUUAAGAUGGAGGAUUUACUUGAUUUUCUUCGCGAGAAUAGAAAACUGAUUGAUGCACACACACUUGUUCUGUUUUGUCUGGAAAAGAGUCAAAUGGUAGAUAUCGACACGUGUAACACGGUCAUAGAAGGACUAUGUAAGCAUAAGAGACACUCUGAAGCGUUUAGUUUGUACAAUGAAUUAGUAGAACUAGGAAAUCACCAACAGCUUAGCUGCCACGUGGUUUUGACAAAUGCCUUAGAGGCUGCUGGAAAGUGGGAAGAACUUCAGUUUGUGUCAAAGAGGAUGGCUACAAUGAGAAAAUCAGAUAAUUGCUCUGUAUCAGAAUGAAGGAUAUCCACUUAAAUCUUCUUGAGCUGGACGUUAGACCGUGCAUCUGGUUUCUGGUAAAUGGGGUCCUUUCUCUUUGUUUCCGUUUUCAAUUCUGUGUCAAGAAUUAUUCAUUGCCAAUUGUAAAAAUUAUGCCCCUCAGCAAUUAAACAAGUUUGUAUUCA